UGUGUUGUUGGGAAGGUCUGUGGUUUGGGGUCUGGACUAUCUCUCCUGCUUUUAGGCCUAUUAGGAAGAACACCUGGAUGCAUCUGAAAGAGGAAAUGGAGCCAGUGACCUUUGAGGACGUGGCUCUGAACUUCAGUCCAGGAGAGUGGGCUCUGUUGGAUUCCAGUCAGAAGAAGCUCUACAGAGAUGUGAUGACGGAGACCUUUCUGAACCUGAUCUCCAUAGGGAAAACAGAAGAAAACAUUGAAGAGGACUACGCCAAUGUCAGAAGAAAUCUGCGAACUCAGACGAUUGAGAGAGAUUGUAAAUCUGAAGAUGGUUCUCAGCAUGGAGAAGCCCACCACCGGAUUCCAGGAUAUGUUGUUAACAAGGACAUGUCUUCUGCAUUAGCAGUGUAUGAAACCAGUAUGUGGGCAAGAGGCACCAAUGGUCACUCCCUUUCACAAAUGCAUCUCACAGGUGAAACUGGAGAGAAACCAUUCGAGAGUAAGAGACAUAUGCACGUAGCUUUUCAGUAUGAGAAACAGGCAGAUUUCACGUCUGAGCCCUUUCGCCUACUAGAAGGUCCUAGAGAGAUAGUUUAUAAAAAGAAACAACCUAGUGAAGCCUAUGGAAUUCUCACUUCUGACCAAAAUUAUGAGAGAAUUUACAGUGAAGGUAGAUAUAAUCAGUUUGAAAAAGCCAUCCGGAGAUAUGCUUAUUUUCAGAUGUAUGAAAAAAUCCACACAGGAGCGAAACCAUUUAUGUGUAAGCAAUGUGGAGAAGCCUUUGUUAAUUUCAGCCAACUCAUCCUCCAUGAAAGAAUCCAUACAGGAGAGGAAUGUUAUGUGUGUAACCAGUGUGGAAAAGCAUUCAGACACUAUUCAUACCUCCAGAAACAUGAAAGAAUUCACAGUGGAGAUACGCCCUACGUGUGUAAGCAGUGUGGCAAAGCCUUCAUUCGUUCCUCACACCUUCUCGUCCAUGAAAGAAUUCACACUGGAGAGAAACCGUACACAUGUAAGCAUUGUGGGAAAACAUUCAGCCAUCACAGCGCCUGCUACAGACACGAAAUAAUUCACACUGAAGAGAAACCCUAUGUCUGCAAGCAAUGUGGGAAAGCAUUUACUUGUUCUACAUCCCUUCGCAACCAUGAAAGAAUUCACACUGGAGAAAAACCUUACGCAUGUAAGCAGUGUGGCAAAUCCUUCAUCCAACGUGACGCUUGCUACAAUCAUGAAAGAACUCACACUGGAGAGAAGCCCUACGUAUGUAAGCAGUGCGGGAAAGCAUUUACAUGGUCCACAUGCCUUCGCAACCAUGAAAGGACCCACACUGGAGAGAAACCUUACACAUGUAAGCAUUGUGGCAAAGCCUUCACCCAUUCCAGUACCAGGUAUAGUCAUGAAAGAAUUCAUACUGGAGAGAAGCCAUAUGUAUGUAAAAAGUGUGGCAAGGCAUUCAUUCAUUCCAGUCAUCUGAUCAGCCAUGAAAAGAUCCACACAGGGGAGAAACCAUAUCCAUGCAAGCAUUGUGGGAAAGCCUUCAUUCAACGUAAGGCUUGUCACAAUCAUGAAAGAACUCACACUGGAGAGAAACCCUAUGCAUGUAAGUAUUGUGAAAAAGCAUUUAGGUGCUCCACGUACCUUCGCAACCAUGAAAGAACUCACACUGGAGAGAAACCUUAUAUAUGUAAGCAUUGUGGGAAAGCUUUUACACAUCAGAGUGCCCGAUACCGUCAUGAACGAAUUCACACUGGAGAGAAACCCUAUGUAUGUAAAAAAUGUGGGAAGGCCUUCAGCGAUUGUAGCUACCUUGUGAAGCAUGAAAGAAUUCAUUGGAAAGAAACCUUACAUAUGUAGGAAUAGAGAAGCUUUUAUGUGUUUCACAUUCCUUGAAGGAGCUGACAGGAAAGAACUGAAUAAUUUACAGCAAUGUAUCUGGUGGCCUUGUCUGCACAAUUUAUGUGUUUGGAAGAAAGGUGAGAACAGCUCACAAGCAGGCUCAGUGGGUAAAGGUGCUUAUUGCUAAACUUGAUAACCUUGAGUUCCAUCCCAGGGACCCAUACAGUAGAAAUAGAAAAUUAUUCUCAAAAAUGAACCUGUGAAUUCCAUGUACACGUGUGGACUCACACACAAACACAAUAUUUAAAAUGUGUGUGUGUGUGUGUGUGUGUGUGUGUGUGUGUGUGUGUGUGUGUAAAAUAACUGAAACCUUCAAAAGUGUAGUUGUAUCCCUGUUAUACAAAUAUAUAUAGGACAAAAUCCCAUGGCACUGGGCAGGAUAGGACGUGCCUUUUAUUCUAGCACUGGGCUAGGUGGGGAUGGGAAAGGUUAGAGAAUUGUAAUGGAUGUAGUGGAUUUGAACAUCGCAUGGGAAGUUUAGGAUGAGCCAGUUAUAAGCAAGUGGAAUUUUCUUUGCAAGAAGAGAAAACAAAGGUAGAAAGAUAGUUCAGAGCCCAAGCUGCCCUGACAGGACCCGAGUUUGUCUCUCAGCCUCAACAUCGUGUGGCUUACAACCAUUUGCAAUUCCAACCCUAAGAACUGUAGAAUACAUGUGAUACACAUAUAUGUAAAUAAAAUAAGUCUUUUUUAAAAAUUAUAUGUAUAAAGCAAAUAGGAGAAAGUUGUGUUUUUUUCAAAACAGAAUAUGAAAUAUCAUGUAGUCUAAUCUUAUAAGAAAAAUAAAUAUGGAGACUGGGCAAAUUUAUUUGCACAGAAUAUUUCUGGAAAUAACCUGGAGUACAGUAAAAUUAUGGGCAUUUUUAUCAUUGUUUGACUCUUAUGUGAGCUCUUUGGUUUGCAUUAUUUUUUAUAGUUCUGAAAUAAGAUUUGGUGAAGAAUGUCAUGAUUUUGCCUGCUUAUAUUGCCUGGUGCUUGAACUGCUGAAGCUACCAAGACACUAUCUCUAACAGUAGCAACCACAACCAUUUAAAAGAGCAUUUGCGUUGAGGUGAUGUGAGUUGACUAAUUAACUUUAGUCCAAUGGGUGUUGUUUAAAUAAAGUGAGGUAAUGCUCUUUCUACUUUACUGUAGAGCUGUUUGACUCAUUGAACUGAUACAUAUGUAAUAAAACAGACUUAAUUUAAUCUCGUUUGUUGGUAAGUGUGGUUCAUUUGAGAGGGAAAAUGUAAGCUUUUUAAAAGUACUUUCCUACUAUAUUAUAUGUCAUUUUUUAAAAAAUUAUUAAUUCCUUUGCAAUUUCCUUGCAUUUAUGUGAAAAAUGGAAUGUUUCUGGUGUUUGUAUAGAUUUUAUAUUUUGUGCUUUUCAUGUAUGUGCUCUAAGAGUGUUUUGUUUCUUUUUCAUUUAUAGACGGGAUCUUACUAUGUAUGCUUGGCUGGCCUAGAGCUCACAGAGUUCCUGCCUUUGCCUCCAAAAAGUUGACAUUAAAACUUACACCACC